AUGGGAUCACCGCUUGGACCGUUCCUUGCAAAUAUUUUUAUGGGCAAAGUCGAGAAAACAAGCUUGCAAGAGACCAUUAAUGGCCUCGUCUUCUACGGUCGGUACGUGGACGAUAUCUUCUGCCUGGCGGAUGGUACCACCGAUACCGAGGAGCUUGUCCAAAAUUUCAACAGUGCGCACCCCUCGCUAAAGUUCACUGCAGAGACCGAGGCAGAUAACGAACUUGCCUUUCUCGAUGUCCUUCUGCACAGGCAAGAGGAUGGGUCUAUCCAGCGCAGGGUGUUCCGAAAGAAAACCUGGACGGGACAAUACGUUAAUUUCCACAGUUUUGUUCCCCUAAACAUCAAACGGAAUUUAGUCCAGGGAUUGGCGGCUAGAGUGAGACGCAUCUGCUCACCUGAAGCUAUUGAAGAAGAACUUAAACAGCUGCGGAACACACUUCGGGAGAACGGAUACCCAGAUAGAUUUAUCCUCCGAAAUAUUGGGGAACGCGUUGAAAAGCCCACUGUUGCGACUGCGAAGAAGAAAGAUGUAUUCAUAAGAUUGCCUUUUAGAGGAGAUGCAGAGAGCGAACUAGUCCGACGGCGCUAA